UUGACAGUGCUAGGAAUUCCUCAAGGCGCAAGUGACGUAUAAGCAAAAGCAGUCUCGUAAAAAUAAAAUUCCUUUCUAUCUCUGCUCCGUGCAGACCAGGAAAUCGUGAUUUUAAUCGGUUAAUGUCGUCAUCCGCUUGUUGAAAUACCCACCAAAAUGAACCGGAACGCGUAGUGCCCAUCGUAAGCCAUGGCGUUCCUGUGCCCCGUUCGGAUAAGACGGGGAAAGAAGAAAAAACCCAUAGGAAGCGACAUCGACAAGGACCUAUCGAGCAGCUUGGGUUUGAACCAUGGAAUGGGUCGCAUCACCGGGUCGGCCAGCAUCGAAACGCUGGUUCGAGUGGGCAUCGAAAAGGAACACGGCCUAUCGCCGGAUAGCAAAAUGGUUGUCCUGCACGACUUUACGCCCUGCGUAGACGACGAAUUGGAAGUCAAACGAGGACAAAUUGUGAACAUUCUGUAUAGGGAGAACGAUUGGGUGUACGUAAUUGGACAGGAUACCCGACAGGAGGGCUUCAUACCGCACUCCUACUGUGCUCCAUUCAACACGCAGCUAGCGGAUUUGGCCAUCAAAAAGAAACUGCCACGUGAUGUGUCCGUUGGGCUAGCAAACAAUGACCUAACUGAUGGUAUACCGGAUAUAAACAUCGAUGUAAUUGACGACAGCACAUCCGGUUUGGUUGGAUUGACCAACUCAUUGAAACACUCGCAGGCGAGUCUUAGUUCUGAGCCUGAUUUCUUGCCAUUCUCAAAGGACCCCAGUGGUCGCUAUAUUGUAUUAUACACAUUCAUUGCCCGGGACGAGAACGAUGUCUCUGUCGAGCGGGGUGAAUUUGUAACGGUUCUAAAUCGCGAAGAUCCAGAAUGGUUCUGGAUAGUGCGAAGUGAUGGUCAGGAAGGAUUCAUUCCUUCUGGAUUCGUGUACCCUGCGGAGAACAUUCUGCAAGGCCAAGCGAAGCAAAAUCUUGCCAACGGAAAUCCUCCGAACACAAAUGGAAACGUGGGAGCAAGUGAUACGAACCCAAGCAUACCACAAAUGAAUGGUGGCGUGAACAACUUGACUGGAAAUGGAGGAUUGAACGCUACUCAGCAGCAGCAGCAGCAACAACAACAACCGCAACAACCCGGAAUAGGUUCUGAUGAUCUGAGGUAUCAUGGGACGGAGCUUGUUAUGCUAUACGACUAUAAGGCACAAGCACCAGACGAUCUUUCGGUUCGACGAGGCGACUGGAUCUACGCCGACCUGAACAACCAAACUGUUGACGGCUGGCUAUGGGCGUAUGCUCCCAAAACGAGGAAGUACGGAUUCAUUCCCAAGGCGUAUGCUCGUCCACCGGCCAUGACCAGUUUGUAAUGCUAAUAUCUGGACUUUGUUAAGUAAAUUAUGUUUUAAGCUUUCGAAUAUUUUUAUAUAUUAAAAUAUUUGUUCAUAUAGAAUGCAUCUGGCAAUUCGCUCUUGAAAAUUUUGUCAAUCUACAUACAUCCGCAAUCGCAAAAGACAUUUUUAAACUGUAGGUUGAAAAUGCAAAAGUAC